GAACCAUUUGAAUCUUUUUGUGUCUUAGUCAUUCUCAAGGUCACGGUCUAGAGACACGUUUGAGUGCACAACAUGACUCUAGGUGUUAACCCACGGGCUUACCCGCUGGCAGGUCCUGAAUUAACAAAUAAAAUAAUCGAACUUGUCAAACAGGCUAGUUCAUAUAAGCAGCUUAAGAAGGGUGCAAACGAGGCGACCAAGGCUCUUAACAGAGGAAAAGCAGAGUUUAUUGUAAUGGCUGCCGACAUAGAUCCCCUUGAAAUAGUUUUACACUUGCCUCUUCUGUGUGAAGAUAAGAAUGUCCCUUACGUCUUCAUCCCAUCACAAAUGGCUUUGGGUCGUGCCUGUGGUGUAUCCAGAUCGGUAGCAGCCGUUGCUGUUACAGAUAGCGAGGGCUCGCAACUCAAACCUCUCGUCGUUUCUAUUCAACAGAGCAUUGAAAAACUGCUUAUUUAAUCAAUAAAAUUAUCAUAACAA